AAUAGAGGCCCACUCGGCUUCCGGUCGUAUCCAUCUUUCUUUCAGCCAGAUACGGCGUAUGAGCUGUAUAAGUGAAUUUUUCAUGAAGAAAAUUUCGUGAAAAGGUGAUAAAAUGUCAUUGUCCACUGCACGUCCAUUAAUUACAGUCUUCACAGAUAAAAACGAAGCAUCUGAAGUCACUAUUUCAUUACCAGCAGUUUUUAAAGCACCUAUUCGACCUGAUGUUGUAAAUUUUGUUCACCAACAAAUUUCUAAAAAUAGUCGCCAACCUUAUUGUGUUUCAAAAGAAGCUGGUCACCAAACCUCUGCUGAAUCAUGGGGUACUGGUCGUGCUGUUGCUCGUAUACCAAGAGUUCGUGGUGGUGGAACUCAUCGAUCUGGUCAAGGUGCUUUUGGUAACAUGUGUAGAGGUGGUCGGAUGUUUGCUCCGACAAAACCAUGGCGGCGCUGGCAUCGUCGUGUUAAUGUAAAUCAGAAAAGAUAUGCAAUUGUUUCAUCUAUCGCUGCUUCUGGUGUACCAGCUCUUGUUCAAUCAAAAGGGCAUUUAAUAGAGGGUGUACCAGAAUUUCCACUGGUAGUUUCAGACAAAAUUCAAGAAUACAAUAAGACAAAACAAGCGGUGGAUUUCUUGAGAUUGAUUAAGGCUUGGAAUGAUAUUAAAAAGGUAUACAAAUCACAACGUUUUCGUGCUGGUAAAGGUAAAAUGCGUAAUCGGCGACGAAUUCAACGUCGCGGACCACUUAUUAUUUAUGGAAAUGAUCAGGGUAUACGUAAGGCCUUUCGCAAUAUUCCAGGAGUUGAUUUAAUGAACAUUAAUAAACUCAAUCUUUUGAAAUUGGCACCUGGUGGUCACGUUGGGCGAUUUGUUAUUUGGACAAAAUCGGCAUUUGAAAAAUUGGAUGCUUUAUAUGGUACAUGGCGCAAAGAAGCAAAAUUAAAGAAAGGAUAUAAUCUUCCUAUGCCUAAAAUGGCUAAUACCGACCUUUCUAGGCUUCUUAAGUCUGAUGAAAUACGAAAAGUUUUACGAGCUCCGAAAAAGAAGAUUGUUCGAAGGGUGAAAAAGCUCAAUCCUAUCAGCAAUACUAGAGCAAUGCUACGACUUAACCCAUAUAGUGCUGUAUUAAAGCGCGCAGCUAUUUUAACAGCCAGGAAACGGCAGAAUGAAAGAGAUUUACUUCUUGCGGAAAAACGAGGGAUUAAGUUGAAAAAAUCUUCACCAGCAGUGGUUGAGAAAAAGAUCAAAGAAAGACGAUCAAAACAAUUAGCAGCAGUAAAAGCAGUUAAACCUAAGGUGAAAAAAUCACCAAAAAAAAAAGUGCCCACAGACUUGAAUAUCACAGAAACUGCACCAUUGAAAAAAGAAGCUUUGGUAAAAACUUCCAAAGAAGAAAAAGAAAUAUCAAAAACUACGUCAACAAAGAAAUGAAAACGUUUAUAUAAA